GGUUCUGCUGUGUCAUGCAAGAAGGAGGCGGCGGCGGCGGCCGGAGCUGGAGGGGGAGGAGGGGAGGAACCUGAUCUCUCCGGUAGCGAAGGGCUGGAGGCAAACACCGAGCUCCCCCAGAGCCGCCCGGGAGCUGGGAGGGCUCCGCUACCCCGAGGGGCCCUCCCCGCGGGCAGAUGAGUUCAACAUCCAGACUCUCUGAGCUGUGUUUUGGGGUCACGCAAAUAUCCCACUUUUCAUGAACUACUGGAUUCAUAACCCAUUCCACACUUGAGAACAUGGGCAUUGAAAUAAGGUUUGCUCAACCUGCUGAGGGUGCAGAGGUGAAUCAGAGGAUGCACUGGUAGAGGGGGAGAUGGACAGGAACAUUUUAGUGGAUAAACCAAAUGACCAAUCGUCAAGGUGGUCUUCAGAGAGCAACUAUCCUCCCCAGUACUUGAUUCUGAAGCUUGAAAGACCAGCCAUAGUCCAGAAUAUUACAUUUGGAAAAUAUGAGAAGACUCAUGUCUGCAAUUUGAAGAAAUUUAAGGUGUUUGGUGGAAUGAAUGAAGAGAAUAUGACAGAGCUGUUGUCCAGUGGCUUAAAGAACGAUUAUAACAAAGAAACAUUUACCUUGAAGCAUAAAAUUGAUGAACAGAUGUUCCCUUGUCGAUUCAUUAAAAUAGUUCCACUCUUAUCCUGGGGACCCAGCUUUAAUUUCAGCAUCUGGUAUGUUGAACUUAGUGGCAUUGAUGAUCCUGAUGUAGUACAACCCUGUCUCAACUGGUAUAGCAAGUACCGUGAACAGGAAGCCAUUCGCCUUUGCCUAAAACACUUCAGGCAACACAACUAUACAGAGGCCUUUGAAUCACUGCAAAAGAAAACUAAGAUUGCCCUGGAACAUCCCAUGUUAACAGAUCUGCAUGAUAAACUGGUGUUAAAGGGUGAUUUUGAUGCUUGUGAAGAAUUGAUUGAAAAAGCUGUAAAUGAUGGCUUGUUCAAUCAGUAUAUCAGUCAACAGGAAUAUAAGCCUCGAUGGAGCCAGAUCAUUCCCAAAAGUACCAAAGGUGAUGGAGAAGAUAACCGACCAGGAAUGAGAGGGGGCCAUCAAAUGGUUAUUGAUGUUCAAACAGAGACCGUUUAUUUGUUUGGUGGCUGGGAUGGAACACAGGAUCUUGCUGACUUCUGGGCAUACAGUGUGAAGGAGAACCAGUGGACAUGUAUCUCUAGAGAUACUGAGAAAGAGAAUGGUCCUAGUGCCAGAUCAUGUCAUAAAAUGUGCAUUGACAUUCAGCGAAGGCAAAUCUACACAUUGGGCCGUUAUUUGGAUUCCUCUGUAAGGAACAGCAAAUCUCUGAAAAGUGACUUCUAUCGUUAUGACAUUGACACAAACACAUGGAUGUUACUCAGUGAAGAUACUGCCGCUGAUGGAGGGCCCAAAUUGGUGUUUGAUCAUCAGGUUUGGUGCACAGAUAAAUAUAUGAUGUGUAUGGACUCAGAAAAACAUAUGAUCUACACCUUUGGUGGUAGAAUUUUGACAUGUAAUGGCAGCGUAGACGACAGCAGAGCCAGUGAACCACAAUUCAGUGGGUUGUUUGCUUUCAACUGUCAGUGUCAAACCUGGAAACUUCUUCGCGAGGACUCCUGUAAUGCUGGGCCUGAGGACAUCCAGUCUCGGAUAGGACACUGCAUGCUAUUCCACUCAAAAAAUCGUUGCUUAUAUGUAUUUGGUGGCCAACGAUCGAAGACCUAUUUGAAUGAUUUCUUUAGUUAUGAUGUGGACUCUGAUCAUGUAGACAUAAUAUCAGAUGGCACCAAGAAAGACUCUGGAAUGGUUCCAAUGACAGGAUUCACACAGAGAGCAACCAUUGAUCCAGAACUGAAUGAAAUACAUGUCUUAUCUGGACUCAGCAAAGACAAAGAAAAGAGGGAAGAAAAUGUCAGAAAUUCAUUCUGGAUAUAUGAUAUCGUGAGGAAUAGUUGGUCUUGUGUCUAUAAGAAUGAUCAAGCUGCAAAGGAUAAUCCAAGUAAAAGUCUUCAGGAGGAAGAACCAUGUCCAAGAUUUGCUCAUCAGCUUGUAUAUGAUGAGUUACACAAGGUUCAUUAUCUUUUUGGUGGGAAUCCAGGAAAAUCUUGCUCUCCAAAGAUGAGAUUAGAUGACUUCUGGUCACUGAAGUUGUGUAGGCCUUCAAAAGAUUACUUACUGAGGCAUUGCAAGUACCUCAUAAGAAAACACAGGUUUGAAGAAAAGGCCCAAAUGGAUCCCCUCAGUGCUCUGAAAUAUUUACAAAACGAUCUUUAUAUAACUGUGGAUCACUCAGACCCAGAAGAGACAAAAGAGUUUCAGCUCCUAGCUUCAGCUCUAUUCAAAUCUGGUUCAGAUUUUACAACUCUAGGCUUUUCAGAUGUGGAUCACACCUAUGCUCAAAGAACUCAGCUCUUUGACACCUUAGUAAAUUUCUUUCCUGACAGCAUGACUCCUCCUAAAGGCAACCUGGUAGACCUCAUCACACUGUAACUGAAGAGUCACUGGACAAAAGUGGAUAACAGGAGUCUGCUUUCAGUAUUCUGGAUUUCAACUCUAUUGACUGACGAUUAGGCUGCGGCGAUUGAGGACUGCACCAGAAUAUUAAAGGGAUCUUUACUGUCACAAAUUUUAACCCUUUCCUUCAUAACUGACCUCAACCCCCUUUUCUGCAUCCUAUUCUUAAAGUAGGCUAAUAAAGCGAAGUUGAUAUACUUUCCACUUAAAUAUAUAUAUUUUUUUCUUUAACUUUUAAGAAUUAAUGAGUAUAAAAGAAAAUAAUCAGGCAGUUUACUCUUUUCUGAUUUUUAUUUCAUUUUUAUAAAAUUGGGGCAAGUAAGCACUAUUAACAGACUCAAUACUACAAGAAUUGGGAUCUUUUUGGGUUGUUGGUCUGUCUGCUUUCUUCUCCCUUCCCAUCUCACUUGACCUCACACCACACAAGUGCUUAAGUGGUGUCAUUUGUUUACCUCUUCAUUCUUAACAGUAAGUAGUUCUAUAGGGCAAUUGAUGUAUGUUAAGGUGAUACAUGUGUCUGUUGAGUCAUGUAUUACGUUAAACAAUAGGAAGAAUAGAGGGCUCAAAUUUGUGCUCCUUGUCAUAGAACUAAAAAAAUGAAACCCAAGAUUGAUCCAGGUACUUACCUGAGAUUGGUAUUUAGUAUUUCUAUAGUGGUAUAUUUUAUAAUGGAUAUUACAAUAGCUUUGAGUCUCAGAAACCUUAAACUGAGGAGAAUGUAGUUCAGAACCUUUAAGAGCCAUUAUAAAAAUUACCAGCAGGAAGAUUCUAGUAGUGAUUAAUAUGUUCAUUGAUGUCUUUGUAGCAAGUUUGGAAGCAGACCACUUUUUCCUCUGGUAGAGCAGUGCAGAACCCCAGCUUCCAGUUCUUCCUUGUACUCUUUCUGUGGUAUUUUCAUUUGAUGGGUGGGUUUCCAGAUCUAUGCUUUUGUUUAUUUCCGUACACAUUAGCUCCCUUCAUGUGCUUCUGUAUACAGUUGCUUCAAAGAAUAAUGAUUAGUAGUUACCCAGUGACAACUGACAGGCAUUUCUUUAAGCACACAGACCAGGCGUUUUUAAAUGGAGGAAAAGAAAAAUAAUGAUGGUGCAAAUAUAUUUUCAUUAAACUAAACAAAGGUAGAUGGGCUUUUACACAGUUCCUAUUUUUUUUUUGGUAGGGGUGGAGAUACGUAUCAUUCCAUGAGGUGCUGUGAAAUGCAGUAUAGGAAACCUAUACCUGGCCAGUGCUUACAUUUGCUCAAAAAAUGUGCUGUGUGCAGCUGAUAACCACCAUGCCUAAAGCAGACUUAAGUAUAAUAAGUAUUCAUCAAUUCAGUGGCUCUCAUAAGUGAGUGACAUGGUGGAAUUGAGUAUAUUGUCCCUGAGUAGCAAGAUUAGGCCUCACCAAAGAGAAGAAAAAGGCUUGCACUUUCAAAAAGCCUCAUGUAUAGGAAUGGGACUUUGAAAUCCUCUUCAUUCUGUGUUUAUUGCAUGGUUUCACUUCUUUUGGGAAUGGACAGAAAUAUGUUUUUCCUAAAUCUAGAUUUAAAUCUUGGGCUCCUUAGACCUCCAAAUAUCCAAAACAGUCAGUAGUGAUUUAUUAAACAAUUAGAUCUGAACCAUAACCUUGUAAAAGAUACUAUGUAGUUCUGUAAGUACCAAAUUAUGUAGCUAUAGAAUAACCAAUUGGUUUUACAGGUGAGCAAAUAGCAUCUAUUUAAAUAUUUGCAGUUUCAUAAAAUGAUUCCCCUGAGUGACAGUCAAGUACGUAAAAUAUUAAUAUCACUAAUAUUGUAGCCUAUUGUAUUUAAUUUUGUGGAAACAGGUCCAAAUCAGAAAGUUGAUAGGGAAGAACUUGAACUUGAUUAGAGUUUCUAAAUUUAAAAGCUCUAGUUUUGCUUAGUGUGAAUUUUGGCACUUUAAAAAUAUUAACCAAAGGACAUUCUGCUGCCUUCCACCAUUUAUUUUUAUAAAAAUUUUGUUCAUCAUUUUUUUCAUUAGCUCCUCAGACCGUAUUUGGAAAAAAACUCAUUUCCCAACUAAAAUGAUAUUGUUUGCUUUUGUUUUUCCCUGACUCUGCUAGUUGUUUUUAACAUAUGCUUGUUUUAAUUUCAUUUUUCUUCACUUUAAUAAGUGGAAUUUUUCUCCUUCAUUUCUGGAUUUUUUUUUCACUAACAUUUAAAUGGAGUUGAAUCAUAGUGAACCAUUUAGUGUUGCUUAAGUGAAAUACACAAUAUUGACAAGGUAUUGGGUAUGUAAGUCAGAAUUUGUACUGUGGACUUUAAUGGGACACUGCUGGUAAUGAUUACAGGAGAAUAUAGGGGUUCAUUAUAUCCAUGACCAAGAUUUAUACAUUGUUCAAUCUUACAUCAGAACCAUGAUUUAAAACUUGUUUAUAUACUUAAUGAGGAGCUACAUAUAUUUCCAAAAAUUCUAGCCAUUCAGUUUAAGUAAACUAAUUUGGUAUUUAGAUGCAUUGUUUAGGUAGCCAAGCUUCUAUGUUUUACUACUUAAAAAUUCUUUCAUUCUAGCUUACUAAGUCCCAGACUGGAAAACAUGGCUGACUCUUUUAGAGGCAUUAAUCCGUGGAGUACAGUUUUCUUGAUUUCAUUAUCCGUGGUUUCAAGUUCAUUCCUAUUUCUCCUUUUCCCAGUGAAAUAUAUUAUUUGAGAACAAUAAACUAGAUUUCUAACAUUAUUUUCCGUGCUUGUACUUAAUGAGAAAUUAACUGAUUUGCAAGAUACUUCUAAAAUACGUUAGCAUUUUAGGGAAAGACAGAGACCUCAUGUGGCCAGCUUGAUUAAUUCAAAUACAUAAAAUCUCUUAUGCAAGAAAGGAAUUCAGACUGGGUGCCUAACUCUUGUGCUAAAGCUGAUAGACAGUAUUAUCCUUUAGCAAGAUCCUCUUUUUAAACCUGGUUUUCAUUUAUACUGAACCUGACCUGUCCAUGUCUAAUAAGUAAAAAUAGACAGUACUAGAAAGUUAACACUGGUUUAUCAUGGAAAGGCUUGUUGGGUUUAGGGCUCAGUGAUUAGUUUAAGAUUAUAAAACUGCAUUCUUUAUUCGAAUACAGAUACUGAAUAUAAAUGGUUGCCAGCUUAUCCUUCCAGUGGAUUUCUUCACAUCUGCCUUAAAAGUGCUUUUUUGAGGUACAUUAACAGACUUUCAUGUAAUAAAGGAAAAUUUAAAGUCUAACCUACAAACAAAAACUAGUUUGAGGCACUUAAUCAUUUAGUGAAAGAUUGAAAAUGAUGUUUAAUGGGUCAAAAAGUAUUUAGGAGUAUGUUCCUGACUUUAGUCUCUGAAUUAUACUGUUUCCUGGUAAUUACAUUAAGAAGUCACCUAUAAUUACUCUUAAUACCAUACGAAAUUCAUUGGGUAAUUGUGGGUUAUUCUGUUAUUUCCUGAGUGAAUGUUGUGUUAACUCUUUAGCUGGUUGAAUGUUGCAAAGCAGUUGAGAAUUAGGGUUUGAAGUGAUUUGUAUGGGAGGGGAUCAUUACAAUGUGUACUCUAAGGAUUUACCUUCCUUUUUAUAGCUCUUCUAGCUAUAAAAAACAUACCCUUCCUAACCCUUCUUUUCUUAAAAAAUCCACAUUCAUCUGCAAUUUCAUCCUUUUGUAAAAAUUCUGGCCUGAAUUUUCAGUUUUAAAUUACAGGAGUCCUUGAUCUGGGGUAUGAAGGUUCCCUAAGAAAAAGUUUGUAGUUACUGGAGGAGCAUCAGAGAAUCUGCACACGACAGUGCUUGUAAAUUAGAUCUUUGGGCCCUUUCACUCAAAGAUUGCUAUGUUCUUUAAUAGAUAACAUUAUUCUUUUGUGGUUUUUGACUGUGGCCUGUUACCUUCCUGCAAUUUGUAAUAAUGCUUGCUAAAAUGCCUUGGCUAUCCAAAUUCUAGUCUAGAGGUAUUUUAGUUGAAGGUGGAAGUUUCCGAGUUUGUUGAAACAAUUAAUUAGGAACCUGCUAGAUCAGCUGAAUGACGUUGCCAUCAUUUGUUUUGGCAGGGAAAACUCAUUAUUUCAGUUUAUUGAUUUCACUAAAUGUUCUUUUUUUUCUUCUCAAAAAAUACUAUUUUAAAGAUUUUAUUUAACUUUAACUUCCUCCUACCCACCAAAUACUGUGAAUUGUGUUUCGGAUAUUUUUCUUAGCUAGCCUGACUUGAUUCUUGGCUUUUUAAGCCCUAUACUUCAUAGGUUUUCUGUGGCAUUGCAUAUGAGUGUCAUACUGCCUGAGGAAAAAAAAAGCCAAAAUCAUUCUGAGACAGAUGUGCUCUUUUAUCUUUGUUUAUGACAACAGAGUAGUGAAAUAUAAAAUUUUACUUUAUUAAAGAAUAACUUCAGAUAUUGCUAUAAAAAUACUUGAAUCAUUUCAUUUGGGGGAUAGUAAUAUGGCUACGGCCGCUCAGUCAUUUUUGGCUUCUUUUCCUGGCACUAGGAAGUACCAUCAUAAAACUGUUGAUAAGAUACAAGUUUCAUAGGAGAGCUCAUGGAAUUCAGCACAUCUCCAGAUUCCCAUGCCUACUGUCUUGUCUUGUUUUUGUAUUUUGUAGCUUUUCUCCACCCCACCCCUCCCCAACCUCUGUAGUACUGAUUUUUCUGCUUAAGUUGGAAUUUGUGUUAAGAAUUGAUGAAGUAUUAGGAAUACCUUUGAGUGCUAUGAAAUGACUGUUACGUGUCUAUUUUUUUCUUAGAUAAGGUAGCACAUAAUGUUGAAAUGAUUUACCUUCCUUUUUAUCUGCUUUUCAAACAGUCCCAAUGAACUGUUAAAUAUUUGUGAGCAAUAUCCUGUUUUGCCUGUCUGUGGCAUUUUCACUUGGAGGUAUUAAGCCUCAGGAAGAGAGCCAGAAAGGAGAAUGGAGAUAUGUUAGAGAAGGAAAAAUAGGGCCUUCUGCUCAUGGAUAUGAAGGGCCACAAGUCUAAAUGAAAAAGAAGCUCUUCAUUCCUAAUCUUAAGUUAAAUUUAUUAAUGCACUGCUGGGAAGAAGGCUAUCUAAAGGGAUCAAAGCUGAGGUAAUCUGAAGUCUUUGGAAAGCAGCAUUUCUUGGUUAGUUGCUUUUCUAACCUUCUCUCUAAAUAGGUAUUAAGAGAUCUUGAAACAGAAAACCCAGUAUAAUGGGCUCUAGAUCUUAAAGGAGGUGAGCAGUUUCUUAUGUGCAGCCAGUUCCUUGAUAAGGAUCCAGAGGGAAAAGUAAGAAACGUUUUAACAUGCAGUUUGGGGGCUCCCACGGAACUUGCUUUUUCAUGGCUUUUGAGUUCUUGCUGUAACACAGCUCUAUACCAUCUGGGUUGCUAGCAUUCACAGCAACUAGUUUGGAUAUCUGAGCUGUCUGCCACAUGAAUACCAGCCUGAGGAGAUGAUCAUUCUUCAGUUUUGUUCAGUGCUUAAUUAAUGCCAGAUUAAUUGGCAGGAAGGGAAAACACUGUGUGAUACACUGAACAGUCCUCUCUGCAUGAUUAAGGAGUUGCUCAAGAGGCCAAUUUUGAGGUGUGUUUUUCUCCUUUUUUAACAAAUCUCAAGAAAACCUUUAUUACAGUUUAGCCAGUGUCAUUUGGUUGGUGUUCAUUUCCCAGCCUUUUACAAUAGGAAGACAAUUGUCAUUUCAUGUUAAUUUAUAACCUGUACACAAUUGAACUGACAUCAGUUUAGUGUACAUGUUUUAAAAUUAAUCAAUUAUGCAUAAUCCUGCAUAAGGGUCUCUGCUUAUUUUGCUUUGCUAAGAAAUACACAAGUUCUCUACUUGGCAUUGAAAGUACUUAGUAAUUUUGGUUUAUUCUUUAGGUUUUCUCCACAUCUGUAAAUUGAUUAAUUAAAUUAGAGAAGGUAUCUAGAAUAAGGCCAGUUCCAUUGCAGCUGGCAGAUCUUUAUAAAUUCCUUUUGCAACAAAGGAGGGGAUUUUAUACCAUCAGUGCUAUGCCAUCAGAUGUUUACAAGUGACUCUUUUAGCAUGUUGCCUUGUAGUUGCUGUAUUUACCAUCUUAAGAUUAAGGGGGAAAAGCACAAGAACAGAAAUGCAUGGCUUUACAUUUUUUUAAUUGCUGACUUUAGAAGUCCUAGGGUACUUCCGUCUUUGUAAAGGCUUAGCUUAAUUUUACAUACACACAUCAGUUAUAUUUGUAAGAGCACUGAGUACAAAGGUAUAAGAUGUACUAAAGUAAUUGUCUAACCAACCUCAAAUUUGAUAGUAGGUUAUCAAAGUCCAAAAGUUUAAAUAUGAGUAGUCUUCAGUAGGGAAGAUAAAUGUUUUAAAAAGUCGUGCACUUGGUCUCCUUUUUGAGAUUUUUUCCUUUCCCAGAAAAAUGAUUUUGAUGCCUGACCAGUUGUAAACUAUUUUCUCCCUCGGUUGUAAACCAUCCAUUUAGGGAAAUAAAAGUGGACUUCCUUUCUUAAGCAUUACAUUUAGCUGUGCCAAGAAAUGCUAUGAUUGUGUUGUUCUUUAAGCCAGCUUGCUUUUUUGACUUGUGCAAUGUCUUUUGAAAUAAAUAAAUUGUAUAGUAUUAGUUUUCCUUUAUGUAUAGUCUUCAACUCAAUUCAGAAAUUGCAAAAUAAUGUGAUUUUUCUAUGAGCAGAUAUAAGUACAUUUUAUUUUUUCUUUCCCUGUCACCACUUCAAAAAUACUUGUAGAGUUGAGACUGCAGCCUCAGAAGAGUUAAGUGGCCAGAGUGAACCACUAUUAAUCAAUUGAUGAGACUUACUCACUUAGUUUCUCCUGACUACCUUCUGUUACCCAAUGUGGUAUAGCCCAGAAAAUUAAAAAAGAAAAAAAACGGACACAGCCAUUCUCAUUGUCUUUUACCACUUGUGGAGGACCAGGGUACAAGCAUUGUCCCUGCCCUUACUUACAUUCCUUUAAGCAUUGCUCUUAGUCUGAAAAUAAUUCUGUUGAUAUGUAUGUUUUCAGCGUUAACUGUGAAUGUAAGAUAUUACCCAGAACCUAUAGGGAAUUGUCUUGUUUAGGUCUUUGGAAAUUUCAUCUCUGACUCACUUGAAUUUUCAAGCCCUUUAUGCACCAUUAUGGACAUUUGGAGCACAUUCAUACCCACGAGGAGCUUUCUGUUUAGAUGGACUUUUUAGUAUGAGUAAACCCAUACCCAAAAAAGAAGAGGUACUUUUCAAAGGCCAAAGGAAAAGCAGAGAAGAGCAAAGAAAGGGCAAAACAGAUGAAAGGAACUUAAGUGUAAAUAAGGAAUCCUUGAUAUAAGUUCCCUUACCAUGCUUAGCAAAUGUCCCUCCAAAGUAUGUAUUCUCUGCUUACCAGCUAAGAUUCAGAAGUUAUGUAUUUCAUAUGAGACUGCUCCUCCGUGGCAUCAUGGAAUUAGGGCUUGUAUGCUCAAGUACCUAAAUCAGAAGUGGGCAUGAGGGAACUCUGGAACAUCUGGUAUGAGCUAGUUGGAGCUUGUUAGCGGAAGUGCUUUUUAGGCAUCAGAUCUCUUCUAACGUUAACUGUUCUAAGUGAUUGUUUGGCUAGACUGAGUGUUCUGUAGCCUUCCCCAGUUGCCUUGUGGUCCUCUCUGGUUUAUCUUACUUUUGCCCAAUCUAUUGGACUUUUAAAGGACUCUGUUUUUUUAGUACAACUAAUUUCCUGAUCCCAGGUUUGUUUAAUGUGUUAACACUGCUUUGUGAAUAAAUAAGUAAAAGAGUGAUCUGAACAACUACAAUUGUAGAAUUAUGUUGUAUGUAAUGUACAUAUGAAGAAAGAAUGUAUUUUGUUCAUUUUCUUAAUAAAAAGUUAUAUAUGGACACGA